AUGCCGCGCUAUUUAUUUUGGAUGCGACUGGAUAUCGACUACUAUGAAUUAAUCGAGUGCGAAUUGUUAUCAGUUGCUCAACUAUACGGCGUAGAUUUAAAAGAUUUUAACUUAUCGUAUUUCAAGGAUAAAAGGUGUACAUUAUAUUCUGAACAGCUAAGAGAGCAUUAUUCGAGUUAUUUUAACGGAGAUUCCACGGAUUUUAGUAAAACUGAUACUAGUAACCUAAACAUAUUUUUAUACGGAACGGUGGAAUCAGAGCAGAUAGUAAAAAGCAUUUUCGACCGGUGUAUACUAGUUAAAUCAGCGUUAAAUAUAUGGAAUGAGGCCACGGACUACGGUCACCUAGCCAGUAAGCUGCUUGAAGAGAAUAAGCGUGAGAUUGAAAAGUACCUCAAGAAUAAAAAAUGGUCAGUAAAAUUUACGAGACAUAACAAUAAGUCGGUUGGAAACAAUGUGGUCGAAAUACUGGGUAAACUGUCGGCGGUGUUUGACGACGCUGGCGAGGUAGACCUGGAUAACCCAGACACGAGAAUAGUGAUCAUAGAGAAAUACACGAUUAACAAGAAAACUGUCGAAAAGAAGCUUGAGAAGAUAUACUUCGGCCACCUGUUGUACGAGAGGUUCAAUAACCUGUGGUGGAACGACUUUAACCUGUCGGCCAGGCCAAUUCUGGGUCCAACGUCACUGGACACAAGUCUCUCGUUCAUCAUGUCGAACCUGGCAAAGGUAGGACCAGGGUCAGUUGUCUACGACCCUUUCGUCGGUUCUGGAGGAGCGCUAAUAUCUUCUUCAAUAUUCGGGGGCUGGUGCUUUGGAAGUGAUAUUGAUAUGCGAAUACUGCGAGGCUGGGGAAUAUCGUACAGAAAUCCUAAUACUGACACAGAAUAUGGUUCAACAAACGUGUUUGUCAAUUUCAAUCACUACGAUUUACAAGUACCGGAGAUCAUAAGAUGUGACAUUAAAUACAGCCCCUUUAAGGACUCAAGCGUGAGCGAUGGCUGGGUUGAUAGUAUUAUUACUGAUCCUCCAUAUGGCAACAGAGCCAGUUUUGCCCACAACAAACUCAUGAAAACCAUAAAUGAGGAUUUAAAGUUGAAUAACUGUUUUGAGUUAAUUGAAAUUCUACUUGGUGUAUCCCACAGAUUACUCGUCAAGGGUGGUAGACUAGUCUUUUUACUGCCAGCAAACACUUCAAAUGUGAGCCAGAGUCUGAAGACUGUUGACUCUGACAGGUUCAAACUAAUACACAUUGGACAGCAGAUGUUAUCAGGAGGUAAUAGAGCUAACGAUAUAUGA